GACUCAAUCGAGUCUCAGUAGUGUGAUAGCUUUUGCCAGAGAAGGGGUAGUGUGACGUUAAGUCCGUGGUGACCUGUGUGUGCAGGCGGCGCAAUUCAAAGUGUUUGUCGUAUUUGGCCUCCUCAGAAGAAGUUUCUCCUUUCACUAGUAUGUUUGUGUGAAAAGAAAAUACAUAGACUGUAAGCAAGACACGUAUCCAUAUAUAUGUUAUCAGUGUUUACUUUUCUCCUUUUAGCGUGUACAAAGUGCGCAAUAAACUGAUUAAAACAUGUAGUCUCCCACACACUCCUGACGUGCUGCUAUUACGUUUAGGUACUUAACUAAGCCAGCGAGGAUUGUUAGCAUGUCAGAAUGAGCUGUUCUGUGCUGACAGUGGUGGCCGCCCUGUGCCUGGUAGGCCGCCUAUCCGUGGGCGCGGGUCAGGCCCAUGGGCAGGGGGAGGCACACUGGUCUGAGAUGGCCGAGGUGUCACCCGCGUCAGAGACUGCCGCGGAAGCACCCGGGCCUUCUGUUGACAGUGACGGGAGGCAAGGCACGUCACAAGUGGUCGCCACAGAAAGGGCCGACACGACUCACCUCGCCUGGGAUGCUACAACGGCUGCCUCCCGAGGCGUUCCGCCUCAACACUCUGAAAGCCUCGUCUUCGAGGGUGACGAGCAAGAAGAGGUGGUCACUACGCCUGCAGAAGACAUUGUCCCCUCACCUCCAGAAGACAGCUUCACCACGUCGCAGGAAAACAUCCUCACUACCACCCAAGAGAACGUCCCCGCCACAAGUGAGUUCGGCGAUAUCCUCGUGAUGACGCCAGUUCUCGAGGACGGACGGGUCCCGACGAGUGUCCAACAGCUGGUAAUCUGUACCUGUCCUCUUCCGACCAACGAGGGCUGCAGACGCUUCCUUUCCGGCCUUUACAUCGACGGGAAAGACGAGCAGUAUCUCGACAUCGAAAAACCUGUGAGUGCCCUGAGAGUUGCGGUGCACAACGUUACGUGCGAAAAGAAGGACCACCGCUUCAUGAACCUCAGCGAGGGACAGUUCUUUUUCAGGGAUCGCGGCGACCUCAUCCUGCGCAACGUAGCGGACUUGGAAGGCCUCCGCGUCAACGAUUACUGCGCCGACCCACGCAAGGACAAACGUGGGAACAUAAAGUGGACCAUAAAGGUGUGUGUGCCCCCCCCCUCGGUGCCCCGCUGCUGCCCCUCUGGCCAGGCUUUGAGGGAUGGGAAGUGUGAGGCUGCCAACGCGCCCGCCAUUCUCGAGCCGCCCAUGUCAGUAGGACUGUACGAACCGCCCAUUAAAUGGCCGAUCAUAAAGAACCAUUACAACCCUUUGACGUGCACCUCAGACACACUUAUUGCAGUACCGCUGGUUCCCAAUGAAUCAUACUUACUAGCAGUUCCAACCGGAUUGACGCACAUUUGGUAUCCCAAUGACCCUGAUGUUUUAAGAAAGUAUACAUAUCCCCCCGACCUCUGUGUUGACGGGUACGUGGACGCAUCAGGGUCGGUGCGUUACACAGCCAACUUCUGUUACACACAACCAGAAGAGUUGCAUCACCGAGUUUGCGACGGACAUACUUGUGUGCGAAAAUGUUGCCGAAACCACGAGGAAAUGAGCCUCUCUUUGUACCGCUGUGUUCCGUCCAACGCCACUACCUUCACCCCUCACUUUAUAGCGCCACCUGAUGAUUACAGAAUAGUGAAUGGAUAUCCUCUGUGCAUAUCUCAAGUAUUAGUUGAAGAAGUUAUGCUUGAUAGUAGAGGUAAUUUACAUUUUAACCACGAAGCUUUGACCGCCAGGGAAUACUGCGUUGAUAAGUUUAAUGACGGCUUGGGUGGUGUCUUUGACAAGGCAAAAGUGUGUGUUAAAGAACAGUCAGCGUGGACGAAGACCCGACGAAUAAUGCUGCCAGCGUGCCAGGUUAUCUCCUUUCUGUUCCUGACGUUAACGGUGGGGUGUUACUGCGUGGUGCCGGAGCUGCUGCAGGGCGGAGGCUGGUACCAACUGUUCCACGUGCUGUCCCUCAUGUUAGCAUACGCGUCCAUGAUUGCACAGGACCUGCUCAUCAAACUUUGGACAUCAUCUACCUGUUUGGCCAUGGGUAUUGUUCUUCAGUUCGGGUUCCUCGCCACGUUCUUCUGGCUCAACGUGCUGUGCUUUGAGGUUUGGAGGAAGAUAAGGAGUCUUAACAACUACCUCGCCGCCACCACCGUUCCCAUCUGGGUCUACCUGCUCUACGCCUUCGGUAUGCCUGCUGCUAUCGGGGUCCUGACGUUGUGCAUGCAGCUCUUUGCUCCUGACGGCGUGCCGGGGUUGGUGAAACCUGGCCUUGCUAAUACUCGGUGCUUCUUUGAAGAUACGCUCCCGUUUUUCUUGUAUUUCUAUGGCCCCAUCGCCUUCUUAUUUGUCUGCAACAUUGCUUUCAUCACCCACACGUUCUGGAUGUAUAGGACGUUUGAACAAAAUUCCUUCGUCCUCAAGAAAAACAGCGCUGAGAACACAGCCUCUGCUAAGAAGACCACAGAGCAAACCCACCGGAAACGAGACGCUGUGUCUGACUUCAAGCAACAGUUCUCUCUGCUCGUCCUCAUGUCGUCCUGCUGGGUUACUGAAGUGUUGUCUUGGCUGAUUCCGCCACCUGAGCUGUGGAGAGUGACGGAUUUGCUCAACUCGCUUCAAGGCUUCUUCGUAUUUUUUAUCUUCGUCGCCAGAUAUAGAUGUAAACGGAACCGCUUGAAGAAAAAGUUUCCGUUGUGCUUCAAGAUGGCUUGACGGCUUGUAAAGUUGCCUGCCAGCGCUGCUGUGAAAACUGAUGUGACGAAUGUAGAUGAAACCUCGUAGCAUCCAAGGCCUCUCCAUAACAAAAUUGUCAUACAAUUGAAUUUUGCACUUUCAAGGGCAUUGAUGUUUCCACCAAUCACUUAGUAAUCUUAAAGCAAUUUACAUAUAAUCAUUACUAUUCAGUCAAUCGACAUACGAUGAUAGUUUACUAAAGUGAUUUUGAUCUUUAAAUACCAAAUAUCUAUAUAUGAUCCUCUUUAAUGGGGUCCUUCACUGAGCUUGACCUGCCAUCUGGUGGCCCUAGUGGAACUACAAAAAAAUUCUGCAUGCGGCGUACGUCCAAAUAAUUUUUCUUACUAGUUUUUCACUAGUAUUUAGAAAUUACAUAUUUUUCUCAUAUCUACAGUAUAGAGAACUUACUGGAAGUAUUUAAGAAAUCGAAAAUUAAAAUAUAUACUUUUCCCAACAUAAACAAUCGUCACAUGCUGUAUUUUUUUUUUUUUUUACAGCUAAGGAGACAGUUCAAGGGCGUAAAGAAAAAAAAAGAAAAAGCCCGCUACUUAAUGCUCCUAAAUAGAGGUCAAAUGAGUGUCCAAAAAGAGAGGUCAAUUUCGUGAGGAGAGGUGUCCUGAUACCCUCCUCUUGAAAGAGUUCAAGUCGUAGGCAGGAGGAAAUACAGAUGAAGGAAGAUUGUUCCAGAGUUUACCAGCGUGAGGGAUGAAAGAGUGAAGAUGCUGGUUGACUCUUGCAUAAGGGGUUUGGACAGUAUAGGGAUGAGCAUGAGUAGAAAGUCGUGUGCAGCGGGGCCGCGGGAGGGGGGGAGGCAUGCAGUUAGCAAGUUCAGAAGAGCAGUCACCAUGAAAAUAUCGACAGAAGAUAGAAAGAGAGGCAACAUGGCGGCGGAAUUUGAGAGGUAGAAGACUAUCAGUAUGAGGAGGAGAGCUGAUGAGACGAAGAGCCUUGGACUCCACUCUGUCAAGGAGAGCUGUGUGAGUGGACACCCCCCACACACAUGAGAUGCAUACUCCAUACGAGGUGCGGACAAGGCCCCUGUAAAUGGAUAGCAACUGUGCGGGGGAGAAGAACUGGCGGAGACGGUACAGAACGCCCAGCCUCGAGGAAGAUGAUUUAGUAAGAGAUGAGAUAUGAUGUUUCCAGGUGAGAUUUUGAGUUAAGGAUAGACCGAGGAUGUUUAGUGUUGAAGAAGGUGAUAGCUGAGUGUUGUCAAAGAAUAGGGGAUAGUUGUUUGGAAGAUUGUGUCGAGUGGAUAGAUGGAGAAACUGUGUUUUUGAGGCGUUGAAGUACAACAGGUUCUUCUUGCCCGAAUCGGAAAUAAUAGUAAGGGUAUGAGGCUAAGCGUUCUGUUGCCUUUAGCCUUAAAUCGUUAAGUUCCUGUAGGGCGGGCCUUCUAUUAAAAGAAGUUGAGUAACGCAGAGUGGAGUCAUCGGCGUAAGAAUGGAUAGGACAGUUCGUUUUGGAAAGAAGAUCAUCAAUGAACAACAGAAAGAGAGUCGGAGAUAGGACAGAACCCUGUGGGACACCACUGUUAAUAGGUUUAGGGGAGGAACAGUGACCGUCUACCACAGCAGAAAUAGAACGGUCAAAAAGGAAACUGGAGAUAAAGGUACAGAGAGAAGGAUAGAAACCGUAGGAGGGUAGUUUGGAAAGCAAAGAUUUGUGCCAGACCCUAUCAAAAGCUUUUGAUAUGUCCAAUGCAAUAGCAAAGGUUUCAGCGAAACGGCUAAGAGAGGAUGACCAAGGGUCAGUUAGGAAGGCAAGGAGAUCACCAGUAGAACGCCCCUUGCUGAACCCAUACUGGCGAUUAGAUAGAAGUUCAGAAGUGGAAAGGUGCUUUUGAAUCUGCCGGCUAAGGAUUGAUUCAAAAGCUUUAGAUAGACAAGAAAGUAAAGCUAUAGGACGGUAGUUUGAGGGAUUGGAACGGUCACCCUUCUUAGGCACAGGCUGUAUGAAGGCAUAUUUCCAGCAGGAAGGAAAGGUAGAUGUUGUUGACAGGCAGAGGCGAAAAAGUUUGACCAGGCAGGGUGACAGCACGGAGGCACAGUUUUUAAGGACAAUAGGAGGCACUCCAUCAGGUCCAUUAGCCUUCUGAGGAUUGAGGUCAGAGAGGGCAUAGAAAACAUCAUUUUGAAGAAUCUUAAUAACAGGCAUAAAAGAGUCAGAGGGGGGAUGAGUAGGAGGAAUAUGCCCAGAAUCGUCCAGAGUAGAGUUUUUAGAAAAAGUUUGAGAGAAGAGUUCAGCCUUAGAGACAUAUGAGACGGCAGUGUUGCCGUCAGGACUGAGGAGUGGAGGGAAAGAUGAAGAAGUGAAGAUGGAGGAGAUGUUUUUGGCUAGAUGCCAGAAGUCACGGGAAGAGUUAGAGAAAGCAAGGUUUUGGCAUUUUCUAUUAAUGAAAGAGUUUUAUGUUAGUCGGAGAAUAGAUUUGGCACGAUUCCGGGCAGAAAUGUAAAGUUCAUAGUUCGCAUUAGUUCGAAGGCUCUGGUACCUUUUGUGAGCUGCCUCUCUAUCAUUGACAGCACAAGAACAAGCGUGAUUAAACCAAGGCUUUUUAGCGCGAGGAGUAGAGAAAGUACGUGGAAUGUAUGCCUCCAUUCCAGAGACAAUCACCUCUGUGAUGCGCUGAGCACACACAGAGGGGUCUCUAUCCUGGAAGCAAUAAUCAUUCCACGGGAAAUCGGAAAAGUACAUCCUCAGGUCGUCCCACCGAGCUGAAGCAAAAUGCCAGUAGCAUCGCCUCUUCGGUGGGUCCAGAGGGUGUACAGGAGCGAUAGGAGAGGAUACAGAAAUAAGAUUGUGAUCGGAGGAGCCCAACGGAGAGAACAGUUUGACUGAAUAAGCAGAAGGGUUUGAGGUAAGGAAGAGGUCUAGAAUGUUGGGCCGGUCUCCAAGACGGUCGGGAAUACGUGUAGGGUGCUGGACCAACUGCUCUAGAUCGUUAAGGAUAGAAAAGUUGUAGGCUUGUUCACCAGGCUGGUCAGUGAAAGAGGAUGAAAGCCAAAGCUGAUGGUGAACAUUGAAAUCUCCUAGGAUGGAGAUUUCAGCGAAGGGAGAGUGGGUCAAGAUGUGCUCCACUUUAGAGUUCAAGUAGUCAAAGAAUUUUACAUAGUUAGUAGAGUUAGGUGAGAAAUAAACAGCACAGAUGUAUUUAGUAAUAGAAUGACAAUGAAGUCUUAGCCAGAUGGUGGAAAAUUCUCAAGAAUCAAGGUUGUGGGCACGAGAGCAAGUGAUGUCAUUGCGCACGUAGGCGCAACAUCCAGCUUUGGAUUGAAAUGUAGGAUAGAUAUAGUAGGAGGGAACAGAGUAGAGAUUGCUCUCAGUAGCCUCAGAAACCUGUGUUUCGGUGAGGAAGAAGUUCUUUUAAAGCUCCAUAUCGUGAAUGUAAUAUUAUAAGAUGCUUAAGAUGUAUGUAUUAUGAUUUAAAUUAGAUAUAUGAAAUAAGUUUAUAUACUUGCUGCCGGCAGCGUACUAUAUGUUUUACAGCAGUGUAAACAACCUCCCGCGCCCUAAUAAGGUAUAUUCCUUUUUUGCAGGUGUCACUAGCGAUAGGGUCACGGGGCCCACGAAGCUUGAGCUAUUCUUUCAAUUAUUGUAAAUUACCUGUGUUUCUCUGGGACUUUUAACAUUUACACUUCAAUACAAUAAGUGACAUUAUUGUUAAUAAAAAUGUAGCUGAUCA